AGAAGCGGUCUGAAUACAAACAGAAGUGAACAUGGAAGUUCGACUUUAGUAGCGUGAUAUUUUCUUCAAUGGGAGCUAAGAGCACUAAGAGCACACCGAAUUCAUUAAGAUACUUCUUUCGUGAUGUCAGCCAAUUCUCUAACUCGUCCUUAUAAGCCUAAAUAUAAGCCUAAACAUCAGAAAUUCAAAUCAUCAUAUAUACAGCAAGAUAUCUCAAACAUAACUCACUACGAUGUUGAGGAGAACAAAGACUACGAACCACCUAAACAACCGUACCCAAAGCCGGCAUAUCCAUAUCGAAAGUUAGAGGGGACAGAUAUUCGGCUGCUCCGCAUCGUACCAGGAACUGGCGCCAUUGAAUGCCUUCUUCACCAGAUACCUCUUGAAGAACGGACACCUCUCGGAGAAUGGGCACCGAGUUAUUUCAAUGCCCUAUCUUAUGUAUGGGGCGAUAUGACGGAUAAGAUGACCAUUUUACUAGAAGGCGAACCUUUUCAAGUCACGAGAAAUUUAUUUAGAGCUCUCUACGAAAUCAGAGAGAUGCCCGACGAUCUUGGUUUCCCCGAUGACUAUUUCUGGAUCGACGCCAUCUGUAUCAACCAAGAAGACGUAGAAGAAAGGUCUCAACAAAUACAACGUAUGACUGAUAUAUAUCGUAUUGGCUUUACCGUCGUUUGGCUUGGGCCCAUACACAGAAUACCUACAAAGAGCUCACCCAAAAAGUCAUUACGAAAUGCCCGCUCACCCAAGUCUCAAAUAUCGUAUGACGAAGCGAUUGGGAUCUUGUUCGAGAAAGCUAGGUCAAUGUGGAUGGAAUGGGAACCUGUGGAUGACAAUGACAACUUGAUUAUAAAUGAAACAUUCGGUCGCGCUUACAGGGCAGUCAUGAUUGUGAUGGAUGACAUAUUGCGUCGGCCGUGGUUUGAGAGGAUAUGGACGAUUCAGGAGGCCUGCCUAUAUAAAAAACCGAUUGUUUAUGUUGGACAUCACAGCGUAUUCCUAGAUGAUCUCAUAGAAUUCUUUUCAUACUUCGCCAAGAAGAACCGAAUCCUUUCCAUCACCCCAGGAAGUAUGAGAAUUGCCGCCAUACAGGGUAUCAAUCAAUUAUAUAUAAAUGCCCGCCGGGACCAAGUCGACAACCCAAGGAGAUUGAGAACAGUGGAGGUCUUUUCUCAAAUACUCAUGGCUGUCGACGUCAAAAAAUCUACGGAUCCUCGGGAUCAAGUAUACGGUCUACUAGGUAUACUCAAGGAUAUCAUAGGAGAAGAACUCCCAGACGAGUUAUUGCCGAACUACCAUCUGUCCUGUGCCGAGACGUAUUGGGCCUAUGCUGCAUUCUUGUUUCAGUCAGCUGGAGACUUAAAAUUGCUUGACUGUAGCUGCAAUGAGCUCCAAGGUGUACCCUCCUGGGUCACUGACUUCCGUUACGUAUGCCGGGGCCCCUCGGCAUUUGUACCAUCUGUAUAUGUGUCACCUGACAAAAGGAUUCUACAUCUACAGGGUUGCAUAUUGGGGACAUUCCGCAGUGUCCUCAAUGGACUUAACCAGAAUACUAUAGCGCCACGCCGUGAGAAAAUACCGGUUGAGUUGACGAACUGCAUAAAGGCUUUCGAGGAGCACAUCCUUGAACCCUCGGCAUCCAUGAGAGGGAUAACAAUCAAAGAGGCUUUAAACAACAUGAUAGAAAAUGUGAGCAGGUAUAUUCACUUAGAGAGCGCUGAAUUGUUCUACGAGGUCUACAGCACUCUGCGUGAUUCGCGUAGGAGUAGAAGGUCACGAACCGCAAAGAAAAAAUGGACGAAAAAAAUAAGCAUGAUAGAAGUCUCAUUCGUCGUCCAUUUCAUAAGACCUUGUUUAUUACUCCAUGAUGGUACAAUUCUCCACGCUCAAAGAACUGAUAUUGAGGUGAGAACCGGCGAUCUAAUAUGCCUGUUUAAGGGGUCUGAUCGACCUAGCAUAUUGCGUGCCUCCGGCGAGAAUUUUACCUUCCUAGGCCAGUGUAGGGUGGGAGGCGGACCUCUUGAGGAAAAGAUAUUAGACGAUGAUUUCUGGGCUAGUGCGCAUAUAGAGGAAAUUAAAUUGAUCUAGGAAGCUAAUGGGAAGAAAUGUAUUGGAAUAUAAUAUUUAUAAUCUGAGGUGUGCUGCUCCCUCAAGUACUGUCACUACAACUUAGGAAGAUAUAUCUACUAGAGAUAGAUGCCUUCGACUAAGGAACUUGUUAGACUGUUGGUAAAAAAUUAUAAAGGCCUCCGAUGUAUAUUCCCAACAGUGAAAAAGUCGAUUGGUAGGCGGCUAUAGCUACCUAAGGUAGAAAGUAAUUGGUUGCCAAUGCUUCUCCUACUGCGCUACGAAGCCCACAUAUGUACAAC